ACAUCGGAAAUCAUUUCUUUAGGGCCUGUGUUUUCAAAUGCAUUAGCUUUCCACACCUGACAUGCCGGUGUUUGUGGAAGACCCCGCUCUCUUCUCCAAAGAGAGGCUAGAGUCGGAGCUCAUAGCGCAUAAUGUGGAUCUACCUCCACCGGAGAGCAAGAAACACGCUUAUGUGGAGCUUUAUCUCAAACAUGAGAGGACAAACAGCACAGAUUUCUCUAGCGAUGAAGAGGAGGGUCAUCUCACUGGCAGCGCCGAGAAGGAAGAGGCAGCAAAAAUGGUAGACCUGGGCUUACUGACUGAUGAUCAGCUAAAAGCCAAACUGCUCCAGUAUGGAGUCAAAGCUGGACCCAUUGUAGCUUCCACUAGAGCUUUAUAUGAAAAGAAGCUGAAAAGGCUGCUGGAUUCUUCAGCACAGGCAUCACAGCACAGGGUCAAUGGCAUAAGGGAUGCAGGCCUCUACUCGGACAAUGAGGAAGAGGACUCCGAGUCAGAGCAGCUUCGGUCUGAAACGAUGGCCCGGACAGAGACCAGCAAAACAGCAAGCAAAACAGGGACCUUCAGUCAGAGCAGAGAUUUUUACCCACGCUGCUUUGUGCCCUCAGCUGGAUUCAUAAAUGGAAAGAUUCAGCACAAGUCUUCAAACGCCACCCAGAAUGGGUCUUUGAGUCAAAGCGGGUCCCCGUACAGAUCCUUCAGCAUCACUCAGAUGGUGGAACAGAUUGAGACCAGAUUCAGUCCUCAGUCAAAACAAACAGAGAUUGAGAGGCGAUCUGGUCAGAGAAGCGAGCAGAUGGUGGACAGCAGGGCCCUGCGGGACUUCAUGAGACUGGAUAAAGACACCAUGACUGGCAGAUCUCUUUGUUUAACGUCUCCAUCAUUCCAUCAGAAACAAACUGUCACAAAACCUGUGACGGAUGUUCUUUCAGAGAUGUUUCCUGACACUGCCAAAACUCCCACUGGAAUCUAUGCUACAAAGAGACGGCCUAUAAAGGGAGCUGCGGGCCGCCCUGUGCAAUUUAAAUACCCUGAAAUGCCGCUACUGAGUCCCACGACACUGGAGAGGCAGGAGAUUCAGCAGCGUCUGGUGCCUCUGUGGGUUCAGAUCGUGGUCUUCCUCCUGGUGGUCUGCCUGCUGUACCUCAUCUACGCAUCCAUGGAGGAGCCGCUAUCCAAUCCUUUCACUGCUCUGCUUGAAGGUCUGCAAGAAGCUGCUCUCAUAUACACCUCAGAGGACCAAUCCACCACUGACGCUACAGCUUAGGUGUGCAACACGGAUGCCAAAGAAGGUUCAUUCAAUACCUCAGGUUUAGUCAGCCAAGUGUCCUUCAGACGAUUAUCUUUUUAAACUGGUAUCAGAGGAAACUGUGUGAUUGGACUGAAUGAAACGCAAAGAGAGCUACAUCAGAACACCUGCAUUCACUUGCUUUCAAAGACCAUAUAGGAUGUUAAACUUGAGUUGAUGAGAUAUGUAGUUGGCUAAUCCUGUGCAUGGUGUUUUCUCUGAUUGAUCUUUUACCAUAGAUGUGUAUUUUAUACAGUUUAUUUGAGAUUUGAACUCCCACAGAAACAAUCACAUUCUUCUCUUACAGUCUUUUACAGCUGGACUAAUGAGUCGUGAUAUCUUGCGGUUUUUAAUGUGUACCUUUUGUUUGUUUUAUUUAAAGUAAAUAAAUUUGUUCUCCUAAGGUUGUUCUGUGUUUUAAUAAAGAUACACCUAUCUAAAUUAAUUUAUAUUAACACCAAGAGGGUCUCUAGAUGCCAAAUUUGUGUAAAUAGGGCCCAUUGUCCUUCAAUUCAGAGCCCAAAAAUGGGGAAAUUAUUGCAUUAGCUUAUUAAUAGCUGUACUGUGUGAACCUUUAAAAAGAUUCAAUAUCAGAAAACAUUUAAUUUGAACAGUUUCAUUUGAAUUACAGCUGAUUUUUCACUAUGAAAUAUGACCUUACAAAUAUGUGGUGUAAUGCAGCUCAAUCUUCUGCAGAUUACUUCAAAUUGUUCAUUUAUUCAAUAUCUAAUGAUUGAUAAUAUUGUUAAAUAUCUCUGUUGCUGGUUAUUCAAACCCCAGCAGGUGGUUAAAAAAAAAAACAUCUAAACUGCUUUUUACAUUUGUAAUUGGCUCCACACCAGCCCAGGCCUCUUAUGUUGCAUGACCAGUUGUCAAUAAGGCAAUAAAAAAUGUGAA